AUGGAAGCAGAAGGAAUCUUACAGCAAUUCUUUAGACAUACCUCAGAUUGUGUUACAAUCAACAAAUCACAAAAGUUCAAAACAGAACUUGUCGAUGCUUGUAUUAAAUCUACAUUUUGUCCAGUCGAAGCCGACAUUGUUAGAGAUUGUUACCUAAAUAAAGAUGCUUCACCUGCAAGAUGUUUCGCUCAAGAUGCUCGAUUAGCUCAAUGUUUUAAUAGUUUAGUAAAUGACUCUUCUAAAUUGAAUGAAUCAACCUCAACCAAAUUGGCUUACUACACCACAGUCAUCAACAAGGCAUCAUAUUAA